CGCAUCAGAGCUUGAUUAAUCCUGGUACACUGCCGCUAGAACCUCAGCGCUCAAAUGAAGCUCGUCAUCGCGCUCCUCCUAUCGGCACCUGCCUCUGCUAUCGUUGGCGGCACCGCGCAGCGUCCCGACACCACGCGAACAAAACACCUGACCACACGAAGAUGAGUGCGCGCGCACACCCCAUCAAACGCGCCACGCUGUACGCCGACGCCGCGCCCCCUCGCAGAGGUCUGGGAGAAGCACGAGGUCGAGGCCGCCGGCUUCGUCUGGCGCGGCAACGCCACGGCCAAGUCGAGCCACGACUUGUUGCACAAGAAGAUCAAAGACGAUGAUUUGCCGGACGCGUUCACGUGGGGCAAUGUCGACGGCGUCAAUUAUUUGACGAUGUCGCGGAACCAGCACAUCCCCCAGUACUGUGGAAGUUGCUGGGCCCACGGCUCCGUGUCGGCUUUGGCCGAUCGGGUCAAGAUCGCUAGAAAAGCUAAGGGUGUGGACCUCAACCCGUCGGUGCAGCACAUCCUGAAUUGUGGGGGAGGCGGCUCCUGCCACGGUGGAAGUGUCGACGGCCCCUACCAGUGGCUCCACAAGCUCUCCAAGGAGGGCAAAGGUAUUAGUCUGGAGACGUCCAAUCCCUACCUAGCUUGUUCGUCGGAAAGCAAGGACGGCAUCUGCAAGGGCCAGGACUGGUCUUGUAGCGACAUCAACGUCGCGCGGACUUGUUCUACCUUUCCGUCGGCGGGCGGCUUCUGCGCGGCAAUUGCUGAUUACCCGCAGAUCACGAUCGACGACUACGGUUCUAUUUCUGGUCAAAAAGCGAUGCAGAAGGAGAUCUACGCGCGCGGGCCCAUUUCGUGCGGCAUCGACGCGUCGGCCAUCCUCGAGUACCAGAGCGGCAUUGCCGUGCACAAAGGGCUCCUGGAGACGGUCGACCACGUCAUCUCCGUCGUGGGCUGGGGCAAGGAGAACGACCAGCAGUACUGGAUCGUGCGGAACUCCUGGGGCGAGUACUGGGGCGAGAUGGGCUACAUCCGCGUCGCGUUUGGGAGCUUGAAGGUCGAGCAGCAGUGCGCGUGGGCCACCGUCAAGGACUACACGGCGCCCGAGAAGAAGAACCAGGUCCACUGCUUCGAGGACGGCGGCAACUGCAAGGUCAAGAAGGACAAGCCCGUCCCGGAGCUGCUCGAGAAGGUCGUCGGCGUCGUCGAGCCGGCGCUGCUCAAGGCGGCGAAGAAGCUCCGCGGCGGCGUCGUCGCGUGAGGCGGCGCCGUGUGACUGUGUGAUUCCCCCCAUCCCUUGCCGUGUUCAUAAGAGAUUAGAACGAGU